GCUGGAGCCGGGCAGCCCGUGCGCUGACACUGGAGCAGGUUGCCCGACGGUCGCUCCUCCCGUGCUGGAUGUCGGACCGAGCCGUCAGUAAGCCACAGCCAACACUUCGCCACCCGAGGAGGAGGUUACUUUUUUCUGGGCAGGGAGCUACCCCUUUCCCCCUUAACCAUGGCUUCCAACUUCAACGACAUAGUGAAACAGGGAUACGUGAGGAUACGGAGUAAGAAACUGGGGAUCUUCCGAAGGUGUUGGCUGGUGUUCAAGAAGGCCUCAAGUAAAGGGCCCCGGCGGUUAGAGAAGUAUCCAGAUGAGAAGGCAGCCUACUUCAGGAGCUUCCACAAGAUCACUGAGCUUCAUAACAUUAAGAACAUUACCCGGAUGCCGCGGGAGACCAAGAAGCAUGCUGUGGCGAUUAUCUUCUACGACGACACGUCCAAGACAUUUGCCUGUGAGUCAGAGCUGGAUGCAGAGGAAUGGUGUAAGCUGCUGUGCCUGGAGUGCCUGGGCAGCCGUCUCAACGACAUCAGCCUGGGAGAGCCGGACCUGUUAGCAGCAGGGGUGCAGCGGGAGCAGAACGAACGUUUCAAUGUGUACCUAAUGCCCACCCCGAACCUGGACAUCUAUGGCGAGUGCACCAUGCAGAUCACCCAUGAAAACAUCUACCUGUGGGACAUCCACAACGCCCGCGUCAAACUGGUCAUGUGGCCUCUCAGCUCCCUUCGCAGAUACGGACGAGACUCCACCUGGUUCACCUUUGAGUCUGGAAGGAUGUGUGACACAGGCGAGGGUUUGUUCACGUUCCAGACGCGGGAGGGGGAGAUGAUCUACCAGCGGGUCCACUCGGCCACGCUGUCCAUUGCCCAGCAGCAUGAGAGGAUGAUGGAGGAAAUGGAGAAGAGCUCCCAGAUCCACUCCAGAGAGAUGCUAACCAAGUCCAUCUCUCUGCCACGCAGUGCUUACUGGCAGCACAUCACGCGCCAGAACAGCGUGGGAGAUCUCUACAGUUACCAAGGAACCAGCCUGACGAUGACUCUCAUCCCUCGAGCGCAGACGUUCCACAGCUUCCUGUCUGAUGAGCAUGCCGACGAGGAGACCCAGCACCAGGAAGAGGCGCUAUCACCCUCUACUGGCUAUGAAUCCAGUUGCAGCCCAAGACCCCUUCAAUGACAAGCAAUGCCCUACCAAAAACUGGACACUUAACCCACUAUUUUAGAGAGGCUGUAGAAAUAUGUAAAGCGACAUGUGUACAAUACCAUUUCAGGUCAAUAUGUAACAAUAGUGUCAACUGUAGGGCAAGUGGUACAUAUAAUCUCAUGAAAGGAUGAUAUACUUUUUUGUACCUGUUGUGUGACAACAGCGGUAGCCUAAAAGAUUGCACCAAAAAUCCUUUAGUGUAGUUUCCAGCAGGAACAUGUUUUAUGUUAUCAUCAUGCUCUGAAAGUCAGCAUAGCCCUGUUUUUAUUAUUAUUAUUAUUAUUAUUAUUAUUUUUAUUUUGAAUCACUGCACUAAACCUUACAAAAAGUUAAAGGUGAAAAGGUCCACAGUGAAACAACAUUAAAGUGUCCCAAAACUGACAAUAUCACAUCAGGCUCAUUCCAACAAUGGCGAGUCUCAGCAUAACACUAUUUUUUGACACAUAAUGCCUCCCACACUUACAUUGCGCUCUCUCGCAAGAAUGUGAAAUUGAUGAAAGCCUUACACAAAAACAAUAGAGUUUGAUGGCAACAGUGAAUCAGCAAAACACAUUAAUCACUAUAACCAGCAGAGGAAACGGCAUUCAGAAAUGUUCGUCAAGGAUAUAGCAAUAGGCUUGUCAAAUGAAAAAUGAUGGAAUGCAACCUUCUCACACCCUCCUCUUCAAACUACCACUGGCCUUACAUUACUCGGGCAGAGCGGACUGAUAUAAUAGGUUUGUUGUUGCUCUCCAGCCUCACAUACAGUAUCCAACAGGCUGUUCAUUAAAGGAGAGGAGUGAGAUGUUUGUGAACUGAGUGAGGCUUGAUGGGACUGCUGAUGCUCCCUGGCUCUGCAAAGGGAGUAAAAAGUUCAUUUUUACCCAUCUGGAUUAUUACAUUCGUUCAAGAUUCAUAUCCUGAAAAUAUUAGUACGAGUAUAUUGCAGUUAGACAGAUAAUUUUAUGCUCAGUAAAAUACACAGAAACAGGCAAAUUGAUUCAUCAAGUAUCAACACUAAACAUAUGUCGGAGGUCCAUCACAUGUUGAUUUCUGACCCAAUCAGCUUGCCUUUCGUCCCCUUCUGUUGUUUUCUGAAAUAGCCGGAUACCUUACGAGACCUCACUUCACAUCCACUAGCUACAGUAUGAACUAGAAGGCCAAGCCUAGGAGAGGAUGUUGUCUCCAAAAUAGCAGCGUGACAAUAACGUCUCCUCUCCAGCACGGUCCUCCUAGAGUAAGAAGUGCCUUCUGACACGGACCGCAGAGUGUGAGCCCUAACCAAAGCAUCGUCUUUGGGCCCUGAGUUUACCAUUGUGAACACAAGAUUCAUCUGUACCUUCAAAAAAAUCCUUCAGUUGAUCUUAAGACGUAGACCCGGGUCUUGUAGUACCUGGAAUUCUUUGCAACGCUCACCAUUGACUUUUAAGAAGCGUGGAGGAUGACCUGUAGACGUUUUGUUUCCUGUCGGCGUUUGUUGUUAGGCGCUUUCAGGGCUUGCUGAAAUCUUUCCAGACGUUUCUGGUGAAGGUAGUCUCGCUCUUCCUGAGGUCACUCCUUGACAUCUGCCUUUCGCGUGCGAAAGAAAGGCAUGAACCUUUCAAGUCCAGAAACUGCAGCAACACUGAAGUCAAAAAGGACUCUAAAGACAAUCAGUGUGAGGUAGCAAACAGUUAACCAGUCCUUCAGUGUCGUACUCGGUCACUUCCUUUAAAAUGUUAAUUUUUUGUUGUUGUUGUUGUUUAUGUUUUGUCUUGGGUUGAAGUUUGGAAAUAGAUACUAGAUUCUUGUAAAACUGGAGAUAAGUAAAACCACUCAUGCUUUGUGUUAAAGAUAAGUUUUGCUGUUUGUCACUUGUUUAGUUUACACAUUUAUAUUUGAGUGAAAUGAACCUUAAGUUUGAUUUACUCAACAAAGAAAGUGUCCUUCCACAAAAGGUUGCCAGUCUGGAUUAGAUACCACAUCUUAUCUGUGACAGCAGAAUGAAAGUUGUCAUUUCUGACCAUAUUUCUGCCCUAUUUGUCUCGAGUCUUAACACAUAGCUUACAUGUGGUUUAGAAAUGUAAAAUAGUUUGAUUACACCUGGAGCAUUAGUGCUGUACUACUGAGAUGACUGCAGGACGUCCUAGCUGACAGUGUUUGUCAUUUGUGUUCUCUCGCUUUGUGUUCAGGUCAUGGUUGUUUAAAUAUGACGUAGGUAUGCACUUACUAUCACUCAGCGUUUCUGGUCUUGUUACGAUACGGUUGUGUUUCUGUGUCUGCCACGUUUUUGUGUUCUGUUUCUGUCAUGAUGUUAAUGUUAAUAGCACUUUCAACACGUUGAGUGUAGGAUUACAGUUUUCACUAACUAAAUGUACAUAUGUAAUGUUUUUGAUGAGAAAAGAUAAUAAAUUGAAUGUUCUAUCACAGCA